AUGUAUUCACCUAAAUAUCCAGUUGAUUAAAGUAUAGUUAAUAUUGGCAGCAAUCCUAUGAAAACAAGGAGAGCAUAAUCUGAAUUUUAACCUUCUAAUUUUUAAAAUUAAGGGAAUAAAUAAAAAACUAAAAACUUAGUAGAAUUAUUGAAAGAUGAUUUAAAUAUUUAAUAUGUAGAGUAUCCAGAAGAGUUAUUUUAAGUACCUGAAAAUAGUAUAGUUUUGGUUCCUAUUUAAAUAAUGAGAGAUAUAUUAAAGAGUUAUCAAUAUAAUAAUGAAGAGUUAUAAAGAAUGGGAAAUAAAGUAAAAGAAUAUGAAUAGAAAAGAUUAUUACUAAAAUUCAAGUCUGGAUUGAAUUAUAUAAAUUAAUGAAUAUAUAGAAUUAAUAACGUUAAAAUAAUAAUGAUGAUUGUGAUUGUUGUGAUUUGAAUGAUUGUUGUAAUGGAUGUUGUUGUGAAGAUUGUUGUAAGGAUUGUGAAUGUUAAGAAUGUGGAUGUGAUUGUAUUAAUACAAUUCAAACAAAUUGUUGUGAUAAUUGGCAAUGUUGUUAAUGUAUGUAAUGUUGCACAGCAGGAGAUAUUCUUACAGAAUUAAAUUUUAAUCGUCAUAUUGAAUUAGAAGAUGAGAAUGAAACUUUCUUAGCUUAGUUUAAGGAAUUGAUAAGCAAUUAUAGAAUUUAUAAAAGAUAUCAACAUCCAUUAUUAGAGGAAUCAUUCUUAUUAAAGAAAAAGAAGAGUUCAACAAUACAAUUUUAUGAUAAAAUAAUUUUAAAGACUUAUUGGUUCACAAAUUAAAAUGAUUAUUCAAAAUCUUUAAGUAUAUGGCAUUAGAAUAUAUUCAAAUAUACAGAAAUGUAAAUAUAUGGUGCUAGAAUUUAAGAUAUAUGUAUAGAUAGAUGGAGAAUAGCAGUAUUAUUACCUAAAUUACAUCAUAUUCAAAAGAAACAUAAAUUUCAGGUUUAUACUUUUCUUUCUUAAAUUUCAUCUUAAAUCUUAAAUUAUUCAGAAGAAAAAUCAAUAUUUAAUGAAUUACUAAUUUAUUAUGAAAGUAGUUAUGUACUUUUACCAUCAAAUUUAUUAAAAUAAUCAGUUUAUGAACAAUAUAGAGCUAAUCAUAAAUUAAAACAUCCUCCUGAAUGGGAAGAUGAAAAUGAGUAAAUAUUUGAUUGGAAUAAAAGUGAUUGCUUUUUAUUAGGAUUAUUUGUAUUAAGUUAAUUAGUAAAUUCAUCAUUAGAUGAUAUAUAUGAAGAUUCCAAAUUUAAUAAAAAUAAACUCAACUUUUACUUAUAAAAAAUAAAUAGUUAAGAAUUCUAUAAUGUUUUAAUAUAUAUGUUAUAGACUGAACCAGAUGAAAGAUAUUCAUUAUAAUAGAUAAUCUAAUUAAUGAAACAUAAACCAAUAACACCCAUAACUUAAGAUAAUAAUAAAAGUUAAGCACCUUUAUAAUCAACUUAAAAAUAAUAACCAAUUAGUGUUGUUAGUAGAGUAUAAAACUAGAAUUUAAAUACUGGAGGUCUAUAUACAGGAGAUUAGAUUGAUAAUAAAAAACAUGGUCAUGGUAAAUUACUUAAUCCUGAUGGAUCUGGAUAUGAAGGAGAAUGGUUUUAAGAUUAAAUGCAUGGAAAAGGUGAAUUAUUUUUAUCAGAUGGAAGGAUACUUUAUAAAGGAUAGUUUUAAAAUGGGAAAUAUCAUAAUUUUGGACAUUUAAUCAAUCCAAAUCCUAAUAUUACUUAAAAUUAUAAUUUUAGAGAUCUCAGAAAUAUUGGGAAUUAUUGGUCAAAAUAUGAAGGAGAUUUUAAAUUAGAUAAAAAACAUGGAUAUGGGAUAUUGUAUUUCUCUAGUGGAGAGAAGUGGGCAGGAGAGUUUAUUGAUGAUAUACCAAGCGGAUUUGGAACAUUUUUUGGUUUAUCUGGUGAAGUAACAGGAAAAUGGGUUAAAGGCAUUUUAUUUGAUUGAGUUAGUGAUGUUUAUUUUUUUAC